AUGUGGCUUUCACGUAUUUCCUUAGUACUAGUAUUACAAACUACAGGUUACUCAUAUCAAUCCGACAUUAUACUACCCGGAAGAAUUCCAGUAUGGGAUAUUAAGCAAGAAACAUCAUUUGCGUCAGAUCAAAGAAUUGUAGGAGGAGAAGAAGCGAAUAUAGAGGACUAUCCUCAUCAAGUUGGAUUUCUUUUUCAACAAAAUAAUAACACUUAUUUUUGUGGUGGAUUUAUUAUUAGCGAAUACUACAUCUUGACCGCUGGUCAUUGUUCUCAAAAUGUUGACCCCACGACGGUCGUUCUUCGAGCUGGCAGCUCAUAUCGUAAUAAUGGAACUAUAAUACCAAUUGAUGAGAUUGUCGCUCACCCAGAGUACGACAACCCGCCUUAUGACAAAGACGUUGGUUUCAUUCGAACCACUGAACCAAUGCAAUUUAGCGACACGAUGAAACCCGUACCACUGGUGUCAAGAAAUGAAAAAUGCAGAAGCAAAGUUGCCAUAAGUGGUUGGGGUCGGACAUCACAAGGAGCACCUACAAUACCGCUGAGAUUACGAGACGUCAAAGUACCUGUCGUUGGACAUUCUAGAUGCAAGAGAUCAUAUCCAGAUAUAUUGACUGGUAACAUGAUAUGUGUUGGUAAUUACAUAUUAGGUGGAAAAGGACCGUGUCAAGGUGACUCAGGUGGAGCGGUAGUUUACGAGGGUAAAGCUUGUGGUAUUGUGUCCUUUGGAAGAAUAUGCGCUCAACCUUUAUCACCGAGUGUUUGUGCUGAUAUAUCAGCUAAAGACAUUAGAGAUUUUAUAUUUGAUAAUACUGGUGUAUGA